GCCGCCACGUCGGGCGGGAGCGUCGUCGCGUCCGGUGACGUCUCCCGCGGGCGUCGGCAGGGUCGACGGCGUCGGCAGCCGUGUCGGCGGCGGCGGGUGGGAAAUGGCGGAGUACCUGGCCUCCAUUUUCGGCACCGAGAAAGACAAAGUCAACUGCUCAUUUUAUUUCAAAAUUGGAGCAUGUCGUCAUGGAGACAGAUGCUCUCGGUUGCACAAUAAACCAACCUUUAGCCAGACCAUUGCCCUCUUGAACAUUUACCGUAACCCUCAAAACUCUUCCCAGUCUGCUGACGGUUUGCGCUGUGCCGUGAGCGAUGUGGAGAUGCAGGAGCAUUACGACGAGUUCUUUGAGGAGGUUUUUACAGAGAUGGAGGAGAAGUACGGGGAGGUCGAGGAGAUGAACGUCUGUGACAACCUGGGCGAUCACCUAGUGGGGAAUGUGUAUGUCAAGUUUCGCCGUGAAGAAGAUGCGGAGAAGGCUGUCAUUGACCUGAAUAACCGCUGGUUUAACGGACAGCCAAUCCAUGCUGAGCUCUCUCCGGUGACCGACUUCAGGGAAGCCUGCUGCCGCCAGUACGAGAUGGGAGAGUGCACACGAGGAGGCUUCUGCAACUUCAUGCAUCUCAAGCCGAUUUCCAGAGAGCUGCGGCGGGAGCUGUAUGGGCGCCGUCGCAAGAAGCACAGGUCCAGGUCCCGAUCCCGGGAGCGGCGCUCUCGGUCUAGAGACCGUGGUCGUGGCGGUGGAGGCGGCGGAGGAGGUGGGGGCCGGGAGCGUGACAGGAGGCGGUCGAGAGAUCGUGAAAGAUCUGGGCGAUUCUGAGCCAUGCCAUUUUUACCGUAUGUCUGCUAGAAAGUGUUGUAGUUGAUUGAUCAAACCAGUUCAUAAUGGGAAUUUUUUUUAAAAAACAACAAAAAAAAAACACAAAGAUGGGUUUCUGAAUAAAAUUUGUAGUGAUACAGUA